AUGCCUAACAUUACCAGCACUUCCACGUUUCUGCUCCUGGAAUUUACAGAGAUCCGAACCCUACAGAUUUUACACUUCUCUGCAUUCCUAGGAUUGUACUUGGUAGCUGUGACCAACAAUCUUCUCAUCACCAUUUUGGUAACUCUUGAUCAUCACCUGCACAGCCCGAUGUACUUUUUCUUAAUGAACUUGGGUGUUAUGGAUAUUGGUUCCAUUUCUGUUAUGGUACCCAAAGCUAUGUUUAAUUCCCUCAUGAACACCAGGUCAAUCUCUUAUUCUGGAUGUGUUGCUCAGGUUUUCUUCUUCUUUGCCUUUGCAACCUCUGACCUUGCCCUUCUCACAAUAAUGGCAUAUGAUCGAUAUGUCGCUAUCUGCAAGCCAUUGCUAUAUGAGUUAAUUAUGCACAGAGGAGCCUGCAUUCAGAUGGCAGUCAGUGCAUGGGUUAGUGGCAUUCUUAAUGCUACAUUACAUACUGGAGGUACUUUUUCUAUUACCUUCUGCUCCAAUGUGGUCAAUCAAUUCUUUUGUGAAGUCCCCCAUUUAUUAAAGCUCGCCUGCUCUGACUUGUACUUAGUUGAAGUUGGCCUUCUGGUGCUUAACUGUAGCAUUGUGCUAGGAUGCUUUAUGUUCAUCAUCGUAACCUAUAUGAAGAUUUUUGCUGCAGUGCUCAGAAUCCCUUCUGUUCAGGGCCAGAAGAAAGCCCUCUCCACUUGCCUUCCCCACCUCAUUGUGGUAUCUCUACUUGUAUUCAGUGGGAUCUUUGCCUAUGCAAGGCCUCCCACUAAUACUUCUUCUCAUCUAGAUGUAGUUUUUGCUGUGAUAUAUACUAUCAUCUCUCCGUUGCUCAAUCCACUCAUCUAUAGCAUGAGAAACAAAGAGAUCAAGACUGCAUUAAUGAAGCUUUUCUGUUUGGGGCAUUUUUUCUAA